UGCGGUUUGGAGUUCUUGUUCAUUCCAUCUGAACAGAGUAUAGGUGGGGAAAACUCCCUGUGAGCAAAAAGCUUGCAAGGCUCAGGGUUUUGUCAGUUGAAUCCUGCUCUUGCAUUUGCAGUUCACUUUGUGGCACAAAAAAAAAGGUACUGAAACCUGCAGGGAAAAAGGGUUAAAAAGAACCUUCCCUUUCACCUUAUGCAAAUACACAGAAAUACUUGGCCAAGAACGGUAUGUCAGGAGUGCUGCUGGGGAUGUGGAACAGCUGUUUGUUUUUUGUCCUCCCCCAAAGUACUAUCUAUUUAAAUAUUGACAUGAUCUCUUGCUAAAACGCCUUUCUUUCUUCAUUAUACUUUUGUGGUUCAUUAUUAAGUAAGGAAUGGAGAAGAGGGAGACAUUUGUAUAUGUUCAUCCAUUUUGUUGGAAAAAUCUGUUUUGUAUUCUCUGAGAAAUACACCGAUGUUCUCUGAUUAGUUUAAGUAGUUUCACCAAGGCCCACACAUUGGUACUGCUGCUUCUUUCUUUCAUGUGUUUGUUGCGUUUUAUAAUCUGAACAGGCUAUCUGAACAUACAGAAAAAUGAGAACUUUCAGACAAUAUAGCCCUGAAAUCGCAGAUAAUUGUGCAGAUAAUCUUGCAAAAUGAACACUAUAAGUAAUAUUAACAUAGAGCAAACCUUAGCAGUUGUAAAUGUGAGGUUUACGUGUUCCAUAUUUGAUAAACAGUCCUAAACAAGGUCCUUCACUGCUUCACUUAGCACCGUGAUAGCUUUAAUCAUACCCCAUGUAUCUAUUUUGCAGAGACUCGCCUAGGUUACUGCAUCUAAGAUUAUAUAAAUAUUCAAGGCAAUAUAAGUGUUAAAGAAUCAGCAGUAUUUUGUGACUUUAAACAUCUUGCAUUACAAAGCUCUUGAACAGGGACAGUAAAAAUACAGCUCCUUAGGCUCCAGAGGAAAGGCUCCAGCAUGUGGUUACUGUUACCCCGAGGUAUUACCUUUUAAAAUCAGUGGAUCAUAGGAGAAUACAGUUAAGCAUGAACGUGGGCAUUGUUGAGACCUUGAUCAUUAAUUGUAGUUCAAAUUAAAAUGCGUUUCAUUUAAAAGUCAAAUGAAUUUUACAAAGGUGUUGUGCAUGUGAUACAGGCCUUUAAGGUGCUAUUUGAAAUAACUGGGAACUUUUGUUUCUUUUGAUAGGAGACAGCAAGCCUAUUAUCUUUAUAUGCUGUCUUUUCAUAGGCUUUAUUUAGACGGACAUGCAGCUGUAUGAAAAGCAAUGAACUGUUUGUUUUUGAAUAAUAAUACGUAUGUGUGCUAAUUAUCCCUCACACAAGGAUUUACCUUUUCUGUUGAAGGAGUUGACAGAACCAGAUGAUUUGUCAAGGUUGGGGCUUCAUUCACUGAAGUGUCCAUCCCAGUCAUCAUUAAUUUAGAAGCAAUCACUUAAAAAUAAAGCAGAAAAUAUCUUUUAGAAUAUAUAGGCUCUGGAGCAUAGGAGCGUAAAGUCAGUGAAACUGACUUGAACUGGCUAUCUGCACAAUCUGUUUCUCAAAUACAGAAAGAUUUUACUGAGAAUCCAGAAUGCAGUUUGGAGGAGACCCAGAGUUUGAUGUUGAAAUGAUUUGGGUGACUACAAAUCCCAUGGAGCAUUGCCAUCGGCGUGUUUGUGCAAGCGGAUUGGCAUCCUGCAGGGACCAAUGGCAGGCGGAGAAUUCAAGACAAUUCAUGUGUGUCAGCUCUCUGUAUUAAAAAGCGCUGGAGAGAGCUGCAGACCUGUGUGGAAAUCGCCUGUUUCCCUGGGCUGCUAUUAAACCUAUUUGUGAGCCGUGUAUCGAUAUAAUAUUUUAAACCUGCUGUGCCUCAGCUUGUAAAAGCCUGCCGGACCAGCCCCGAUGGAUGCAAUUUUGAACUGCAGACUGGAUGAGUUGGAAGAUUACUACAACUUGCUGGGAUGUGAUGAACUGUCUACGGUUGAACAAAUUCUUGCAGAAUUUAAGAUUAAAGCCCUCGAGUGUCAUCCUGACAAACACCCAGGAAACCCCAAAGCAGUGGAGAAUUUCCAGAAGCUGCAGCAAGCUAAGGAGGUUCUUAUCAACGAAGAGAGUCGAGCGCGCUAUGAUUACUGGAGGAGAAGCAAAAUCACCAUUCCUUUCCAGCAGUGGGAGGCCUUGAGCAGCUCUGUGAAAACGUCGAUGCACUGGGCUGUCCAAAAUAAGAAGGAUCAAAUGCUGGAAGCUCCUGACUUGAACAAUAGCAACAACUUAACUAAUGAGAUUUGGACCCAGAAAACUGAAAACAGUGAAGAUGGAUUGUCCGAUGGGAACAGGGAGCAAGAUGUUGCAAUUCCUGAUGUAAAACCACAGUCUUCAAAGAAUCCAGACUCCCCAAGAUUUUCAGAGGGAAACUACUGGCACUUACGUUUCCGCUGGUCAGGGGAUGCCCCAUCAGAUCUUCUGAGGAAAUUCAGAAAUUAUGAGAUCUAAAAUGCAAAAUACACAGGAGUGUGAGGUCAUCUAUUCAACAACUCGGUAUUAUUUGCAGCAGUUUUAAGUUAUUUGUAUUUUGUAUUCAUUCACUGUGAUUUGAGCGUUGUUUGAAUAAAUGCAACAUCUGUAUCUGUUAACACACAUUCUAUGGUCAUUACAGGCGGAGGUCUGUUUUAAUAAGAAGGUUCAGUAAGCAAAGCCCUUUUCAGUACUAAUGUCAAGCAAUCUGGUGUAUUUACCUAAUGUCUUGUAUACUGUUUCUUGUGUUUUUAAAUAUUGUGUAGUAAGUAAUGUGUUUUUUAGUUCUGUGAUAAUAAUAUUUUCUCAGCAGAAACAAAAGUCAAUGCUAGAUUCCAAGAUGUUACUCUGUUAAAUGAUGAUCUACCAAAAACUGUAUGACAAUGGACUUGAAACUGUGCUUGCUUCUAAACUAUGUACUUUGGUUCUCUACUGCAUUGUACUUACCACAGUGAUUUGUAAUGCAUGCAUUCAUGAUACUUCUACAAGCCUAACUUGUUGGACAGUUGUAAUUUUACAAUAUAAAGGAAAUAAGAACCUUAUUAUUAUCCAGCAAGUAACCAUGGUGGAUCAAAAAUCACAUGCGUUCUGUCAUAAUAAGUAAGCUUUUUGCACCAACAAUUUGUUUUAGAAGGCAAUUCCAGAACCUUGCUUUACUGGACAGAAACUCUUCUUGUAAAGAUUUGUUGGUGGAAAUCCAAUACCUCUUGUAUGCCAGUGUUGUCCUAGCUUAGUAGUUACUUUCUUCCCUUCUGUGGCCUCACAAACAGCAUACAAAACCCUGAUAUGACCCUAAUUAUGAAGAAUCAGGCCAGCCUGCACUAACAUGUCAAAAAUUUAUCAUGUAAGAUUUUAAACAUGUUGACUGACUUCUCAAAUCCUGUGUUGUGUGUAGUUUGCAUUUGCUUCCUUCUUUGUAAUCCUGACUAAUAUAUCAGCUAAUUGGCGUUGUGUUUUUGUGUGGGCAAGUGAUUCCGACAGCAACAAAUAAAACUGCAUACAUACAGAAAGGA